CUAGCUAGAUAUACAGUUAAAAAAAAUAUAUAUGUCAAUGAGUUAAAGAGGCGGGGUGAUGAGAGCCUUCCCUGGAUGACGUUUUGCCGCUCUGACCAACGUCAUCCUGCGACAUCAGCGUGCGACUGUUUUCGGUCAGAGCAGUUUCGUCAGCGGGCGAAGGACAUGAAUGCGGUUAUGUGAAUCUUGACAGCUCCUCUGCUUCUUUCAUUACUUCAGUAUUUUGUCCGUUUUUUUACUGGAAUAGUUAAACGACAAGCUUCUCGGUGCGGGACCACCAGGUGUCCAUGGUAACGGACAACAGCCACGAUUACGAGAGAAAGAGAUUUUUUAAAGAUAUUUCGUCGGACGGACCCUUUACUUUGCCUCUAACAAUUUUGAUUAUCUUUCAUGGAUGUGGCAGAUUCUUGAUCAGGAAGGAUGACAUCGGAGGCUUCGGUCUCCACAUCUCCUGCCAUAAGCAGCACCCCUGUGAAGAGGGACUACUACUUUCUUCGCUCCUUUGUGGCUGGAGGUGUUGCAGGAUGCUGCGCCAAGACUACCAUCGCUCCUCUGGACAGAAUCAAGAUUCUUCUUCAAGCCCAGAACCCCCAUUACAAACAUCUAGGAGUGUGGUCCACUUUCAAGGCUGUGCCAAAGAAAGAAGGCUUCCUUGGCUUGUACAAGGGUAAUGGGGCAAUGAUGGUCAGGAUAUUUCCUUAUGGAGCCAUCCAGUUUAUGUCCUUUGACAAAUAUAAAAAGCUGCUAAGUAAAAAGAUUGGGAUCUCUGGACACAUUCACCGCCUUGUGGCCGGAUCAAUGGCAGGGAUGACUGCGGUGAUAUGCACCUACCCUCUGGAUGUGAUCCGAGCCAGACUGGCCUUCCAGGUGACAGGAGAGCAUCGAUACACUGGAAUUGCCAAUGCCUUCCACACUAUCUACCUUAAGGAGGGGGGCAUCUUGGGCUUCUAUAGGGGACUAACACCAACACUUAUUGGAAUGGCCCCUUAUGCAGGUUUCUCAUUCUACACCUUUGGCACCCUGAAGAGCCUUGGCUUGAAACAUUUCCCAGAGCUGCUGGCACGCCCCUCCUCAAACAACCCUGAUGUCCUCAUUCUGAAAACCCACGCAAACCUGCUCUGUGGGGGGGUUGCUGGUGCCAUCGCUCAGUCAAUAUCGUACCCGUUGGAUGUUGCUAGGAGAAGAAUGCAGUUAGGAGCCGUGCUUCCUGACUCUGAGAAAUGUGUAUCACUGAGCAAGACCCUGACAUACGUGUAUAAUGAGUACGGGGUCAAGAAGGGAUUAUACCGAGGCCUUUCUCUCAACUACAUCCGCUGUAUCCCCUCCCAGGCCGUGGCCUUUACCACCUACGAGUUCAUGAAGCAGACCCUCCACCUCAACUAGCCGCUGUUUUCAUUCCUUCUGAGUCAUUGAGGGAUCGACCUCAAUGCUUCCAUCAUAGAGUGAUCUGAGGCUCACUCGCUACGUCUUAAACUCUUCAAUGUGGGAAUCGCCUUUUCCUUGAGUUCACUGAAGGCAACAGAGAAGUCAGAUAACGUGGAAAAAGGAAAGUGGAUAUCAAACAAUAAGGCACUCCUCAUCUGUCCUAUUUCGUUCCUUCUUCCUGCUUUUGUGAGUCGCCGCCUCUUAAGAGAAGAUUUACUCAAACACACGACAUGUGACUUAUUUGAGCAACUCCCUCAUCAGUGUCUCCAUGGAUACAGCAGGUCAGCGGCUCGGUUGGUUGGAUGGCUCGGGGCAAUGAUAUGUUCUUUAACAAUGUUGUUGGCAACACCACAACAACCCUCUGAUUGUGUAGAAGCCCCCUCAUUCACAUCUAUCCCAUGACCCAAAGUGAUAAUAAGAUCUGUAAGUACGACUCAGUGCUAUGCAUUUAUUUGAAUAGUAUAUCACCCCUAAGCACUUCAAUUCUACAGCUACACAUUUUUUUUAUAUAGUUUAAUAUAUUCUUUUUUCCAAAUAUUGUUGAAGAGUGGCUGGAGUUUUAAAAUAAUCUGAUGAUCUAUAAGAUUUUGUUCAUUCACAGUUUAGCUUGUCUUUUAAUCUACAGUGCAGGUUUGGGGGUGCAGUAACUUUAGGUGAAGUUGCUGUUUGUGUGUCUUUGCCUUGGUGGCACAUCAUUUCAGUUUAAGACAAUAACAUUGUAUUGCUAAUCUUUGAAUAGUGCAGUUACUGUAUGCAUUUUCAGUUUUAUGUUGGAUAAUGUGCACUCAGUUUUUGUUUAGCCUGUAGCUUUGAUGGUAUUGAAUUAUGUGCGUCUUUUCUCAGCUGUGAUCAGAAAGAUAUUUUGAGUUUAAGAUGUCAGCAUUUUGACAUAAUAUGGAUUUAGGUCUGACAUGUCUCGAGGGAGGUGAAGGGACUCAGGAGAAAUUUGCACUUCAUCACUAUAGCUUUUUCUUCAUUUAUGUAUUGAUUUAGCGACCUGUUGCCACUGGGUGGCAGCAUUGAAUUUAAAUUGUAUUGUUUACCAUCCGAGCUGGACACAACAUUCAUUUCAUACAUCUCUUAUCAAAUACAAGUCAGAUAAGGAUUUUUAUGUUUUUUUCCCUGUUUUGCCUAACAAAAGAAAGUUGUCAGAUAGGGACUCAGGAGAAAAUAUAUUACUAUAUAAUAGUAAUAUAUGCAGCGUUUUUUACCUAGUUCAGCUAAAAUGUUUGACUACCCACCAGAGCUCCUGCAGGUAGGCUGAACAUUAAUAACUGAAUAGAAAAAAUGUCCCACUGGCCUUUAAUUAAAGGCUGCAUUCAUACCAAAUCAGGCUUAUUGCUGCAACGCCGGAUUUGGUGUGAAUGCAGCUUUAGUCACCACCAAUGUUUACGUAUGCCUCAUUAGUUGUACAAGCAUCCGUCUUUUUUUCAGCCUGUUGCCUUUCUCUGUAUUUAAUGUCUUACUUCACCAGAGUGAUUAAUGUGUUUUAUUGAAGUUUCUUCACAAGUUUCAGUCGAUGCCUCAGGUUUUAGAUCACUGUAUAUGAAUAGGGGGGAAAUUGCAAAGAGCAGAUGGUUUCCAACUUGGCUUGUGACCGCUUAAAAUGAAGCAUGACUAUGUACAACCACUCAUCACAGUUAACAGAUAUCCAUCAACAUUUCAGAUGUUUCAUUUGAAUAAUUGCAGGAGGACUGAAGAGGUAAAACCUUACUAUUAAUAUUUUACAAAAAAGCAAAUAUUUGAGGAAAGUCCAAACACACAAACACAAAAUUGUCUCUGAGACAGUCCUCUACCAAAAUCUGUGACAUUUUUUACAUACCCUGGUAUUCCCCAUCCCUGAAUUACAAGGUGAUGUCACUUUCACCCCCACCCACCUCACCCUCUGACUCACUGUAUAUAUACAGCAGUCAACUGUCAGUAGUGUGGACAGUAUGGAGUAAUGAAAGAUCUGUCAGAGCAGUGGGGUGGAGCGGCUGCAACGGCGGCAGGGGUGGUAGCCUGUGUGGUUCAAAUGCAAUUUUUUUUUAAAUUUGUAAAAGGAAGAGUGUUUAAGCUAAAACGGAGUUUAAGUUGCUCUUUGAUAAUAUUGCGAUCGCUGCGAUUCGUUUUGUGUGAGGUUGGGAACUGCUGCUAGUAUAUUAGAUAUACUAAUACUAGAAUAUUGUGUGCGUGCGCAAAGGUGUUGUUGAACAAAAGUCUGAACAUAUAAUUCGCCCAAAUCACAAGCAAGAUGAAUAAGAGACCUCUAUGUAACUCUUGAUUGAAGUGCAUCUAACAAUGAAUAAGCUAAAGUAUCUGUAACUGCACCGCCCUGCUGUGCGUAAGAGCUUAAUCACACACUCACUGGUGAUAAGUGGGAAACAAAAUAUACUAUUCAGUAACAUUUCUGCUUUUCAUGGUACCACUCAUUCAUCUACAGUACUGCUGUGCUUCAAUUUACGCUUGUUUUUAUUUCCAUGUUGGGUUUGAACACAUGAGUUGUUGCUGUUUUUUUUUGUUUUAAAGUCUACUAUCAAUCCAAGAGCAGAUCAGCUCUGUUCCUGCUGCUCACUGCAACACCUGAUUAUGUACCGUAGGAGAAGGAAGAUAUUUAUAUAUGUAAAUGUCUAUAGUAGUACGCUCUACUACUUUAUCAAACUAUAUUAGAUGUGACUGAGACAUGAUGCAUAGUUUUGAGACUGAUUGAAUAAUGAAAAUGCCUUUUUUUUGUCAGUUAUUUUCUCAAUUUAUACAUGUACAUGUUCGCCUGCCUGCUUUUCAUAAGCAGUGUCUGAAUUACAUGUUGCUUUCUUAAAACGGUACCAAUGCUUGUGUCUUUAUUUUGUCUGUAGGUGUGAAUAUGUGAAUGUAUUUUAUUUUUUUUUUAAAUCAAACUUGUGAAGCAGGAACAAGUAACUUCCAGUUCUCACUUUGAGUUUUACUCCCACAGACCCCUGUUAAUGUUACAGUUUCAGCUAUAAAACCACAGCUGCAUUUGCAUUUAUUUACCUGAAACUAGAAUACACUAUGUGUUGUUGUCCAGUGUCACGUACUGAUUUGACUGGUAAAUGUGAUGUGUGAAAGAUGUGUAUGUUCAAAUGUUCCAUUUCCACAUAAGUCAAAUAAAACCUCCGUUUCGGCCUGUAA